CGUGUUUACGUCGGCCGUUCCACGGGCAGCAUUCGACCGACGCGCGUUACGGGACCAUGAUCGGGAGAAAAUGUCCACGAGAGGGAUAAGGCGGAAGAAGUCGUCGUUAUCAGAAGUGAAAGUGGCGGUGAUCGGUGCGCCCUCAGUCGGCAAAAGCGCGCUCACGGUUCGCUUCCUCACGAAGCGGUACAUCGGGGAAUACGACCAUCAACAAGACAGCAAAUACAAACACGAGGCGUUGCUAGACGGAGAACCCAUACUUUUCGAAAUAUUAGACACAUGUCCAAAGAGUCUAAAUGAAAUACCUGGGAACGAGAUAGCACAAUGGGCGGACGGUCUAUUCUUGGUGUAUUCAAUCACGGAUCGGGAGUCCUUUAACUACGUCCGGAGAGCCAAACAGAGCCUUCAACCGGAGAUACCUCUGACCUUGGUCGGAAAUAAAGCCGAUAUGGUACAUCUGAGGCAGGUGAGUCCAGAAGAAGGGGAGAUCCUAGCUAAAGAUUUCGAGUGUAGCUUCGCAGAGGUGGCUGCUGCUGAGCAAGUCAAUCAAGUUGGUGAAGUGUUCCACGAGCUUUGCCGUGAAGUCCUCACGCUCCGGCGAAGGGCCAAGCACAGUUUAUUGGACAGAAUGCUGGGUUCAAAGUCAGCGUGCAGAGUCUAUUGUAGAGGCAAAAGCGACAGCGCUUUACCCAAAGACUAGUACCGCAUUUAGUUCUAGAAGGUUCUUACAGGAAUGAUGCUGGAUAAGAGAGUUUAAUGAUCGUUUGAUGGUUUUGUGUUUUGUUUGUUAUGGCCAUAAAUGUGAUAGUAAAUGAAUAAUUGUGUUCACUUACGUCAAAAUGUAUUCGGAUAACAAGUUCACGAGCGAUCACACAAUAUGGUAUAGUAACAUAUUGUGUGAUCGCGUGAAAAUCUUUAAAAUUCAAAAUUAAUCGGUUUUUGCAUUAAUUUUCGCAUUAUUACAGAGUAUUUUUAUCAAAUACUUCAGAAAAGCACGUAAUUUUAUAAGUAACUGUUUUAAAUUUAGAUAAAUAAAUUGUAGAUUUACAAUAAAUUAAACAUUAUUAUUUAGAAAGUGUUUCUGUUGCGUUGAUAAUAGUACAAUUUGCAGUGUGAGUAUCUACGCUAUUGAAUUGAACUUGCGCACAUGAUCUUGCACUGUGAUCACAGUGAUCAAAAAAUGUAAAUCAAACAUUACAAAACUGAUAGCUCUGUAUUACCUGUGGUUUAUCUUAAAUUUUAAAAACUAUUUUUUCAUUUUCUUUGACAAAAUUGCACCGUUUUUAUAAGCUUCUUAAUUGUUUUUUUUUUUAAAACUCUGGAUAUAGUAUAUAGCCGUCUUAAUAGCUGCAGGCAUCAAUAUGAUAAAUAGAAUAUUAGGUAACGACUUCAGAUAUCUUCCACCUUUUUUUGCAAGUAGCACAUAAUUGAGUAGUCACAUAUUAAACCAGACAUAAGUUCGUAAUCAUCUAAAUUAUAUAGCACUACCUGGUUUUAUUAAGUUUUAUUAAGUGAACGCGCAAUCUCAUUCAAAGCGAAACAGUUUUGCGUCUCAGGAUACACUUGACCUUGCGUAUUUGUUAGUUUUUAUUUGUAUACAGAUACAGUUACAGUUACAGACGAAAACACAUUAGCAAAUUGUAUUUAUUUUCAUUUCACCGGCCAUACUUGUAUUCGUGGUUUUAAUGUUAUUUUUUUCUAUCACUGGUAUUUUUAGAUAGUGACUGUGAAGACAAAACGUUAUUUGCAAAAACAACCGUACCUUUUGAAAUUUGGGACAUUGUCGUCUAAGGAGAAUAAAUUAGCAUAAUGCAAUUAACGAAGACGAACCACUAAUACUACUAUAUGUUUUUUUCUUUUUUCUGGAAUGUUGGCCUUGCACCAGACAAACCACAUGGUAUCUAUAAAUUAUAAUGUUGCUUUUUACAUUUGAUAAUAUUAUUUAUUAUAACAUAGUUUUUUUCUUAAUGCAAACAAUAAAAAUAUUUUCCUCAAACAUUCACUGACAUUACAAUUGGUAUAAACCCCUACCCUUCUUAUUCUGGCUGUACCCAUGGCUCUGACUUGACAUGAAGAAUUUAUUUCGAUUUAAUAUGAAUUACCGGUAGAAGUUAAUAUAGUGGUGACACAGUUUUGGUAUGUAUGAUCGUUUCCUCUUCUUUAUUUAUAGUGUAUUUUCAAUUUAUAUUUCGACCAAUCACUUUCUUUAAUGAAUUAUGGACAAAUUGAAAUAUAAAACUUUUUAAUUAAACGGCAUUUAAAAUUAGAUAAUCUUUGUCAGACAGCUCGAACACAGAAAUAAUGCUAACCAAUCAUUGUUCUGUUAUAUUAAUUUCAUUUAAUAAAAUCAUUUUUGUCUAAUAAAACCGUACUGACACAGAUACGUAGUAGUCAGGCCGAUCCCAAAUAAAUGGCGAUUAUAGCCGGGAGAAACAAGAUUAUGGUGUGUUGAAUUCCUAUUCAAGAUAUAUAUACAUAUAUAGAUAUAUAAAUAACAGUUUUUAAUUGUUCUAGAUAGUUAAAAAUUAAAAUUUAUUACAUAAGUAACUUCUAUUUUAUUUUUUUAAAUCUUAUUGAAUAUUUUUGGGAAUGAAGUACCCACGAUUUUAAUUAUUGAAGUUUACAUCUUUACAAUUCGUCACUGUGCUUGUAUUUUUAAAAGUAUCAAUAUUCAAGUAAGAUCUCUAAUUCGGAAGCCUUCGCUCCGUACAUUGUGGUCGGAUGUGUAUCUGUACGGAGUGUUUUUUGUACUUAAUAAUAAACUGUUUUAAA